GCUUUCCAUCCACACACUGAUUAUGAGUCAGUUGCCAGACAUAAGCGGAACAAUAACAGUUGGUGGUGACUUUGUAUCCGAAAGCUCCCUUGAAAAGGCAAGUUCGAGUCCUCGGCGCAUCGAGGAGGCUGCGUCGGAGGAUCCGAGGGGGCUCGACGCGCUCCACUUUUAAUCAGAUUAGGAGCCUUUAAAGGGUUCGGUCCUGUGGGUUUUUUCCCCCUACAGUAGCGGCGCAGGAGGGGCUAAAUCCAAAAGCAGCAAUUCAGAUCAGAUUUCACCUAAACCAGCUGGGAGAGACACCGGGAGAGAGAGAGAGAGAGAGAGAGAGAGCGUUUGUCAAUCUCCCUCCUCCCAAAUCCAGAAAAGCUCGCCAAGGAAAAAGAAGGAGUGUCGGGGCUGACAGAGACGCGGAGGAAUUUCCGAGGAUAUUUUUUUCUUCUUCUUCUUCUUCUUCUUUCGCCCUCCCUCUUGAUCCAUCAAAAUUGAAAAGUUGGAGGCGAAGCAGCAGGCGCCGUGGUCAAUGAUGGACGAGCAGCCGCGGUUGAUGCACUCCCACGGGGUGGGCAUGGCCGGACACCCCGGCCUGGCGCAGCACAUGCAGGAUGGCACGGCGGGGACGGACGGAGAGGGACGAAAGCAGGACAUCGGAGACAUAUUACAGCAAAUAAUGACCAUCACAGACCAAAGCUUAGACGAAGCACAGGCGAGGAAACAUGCACUGAACUGCCACAGAAUGAAACCUGCUCUCUUCAACGUCUUGUGUGAAAUAAAAGAGAAAACAGUGCUCAGUAUCCGAGGCGCCCAGGAGGAGGAGCCCCCGGACCCUCAGCUGAUGCGACUAGACAACAUGCUGCUGGCGGAGGGCGUGGCCGGGCCCGAGAAAGGCGGCGGGUCGGCAGCUGCGGCGGCCGCGGCGGCGGCCACUGGCGGCAUCGGCGCCGACAACUCAGUAGAGCACACCGACUACCGGGCCAAGCUGUCUCAGAUCCGACAAAUUUACCACACAGAGCUGGAGAAGUACGAGCAGUUGGACAUCGUCCCGACUGGUGGUGGAUAUGGACAGAGGCAAAACUUUAAAAAAAAUGCGUGCAAUGAGUUCACCACCCAUGUGAUGAACCUGCUGAGGGAGCAGUCUCGCACACGACCCAUCUCGCCCAAAGAGAUUGAGCGCAUGGUCAGCAUCAUCCACCGCAAGUUCAGCUCCAUCCAGAUGCAGCUGAAACAGAGCACCUGCGAGGCCGUCAUGAUCCUGCGCUCACGCUUCCUCGACGCCAGGCGAAAGAGGAGGAACUUCAACAAACAGGCGACAGAGAUCCUGAACGAGUACUUUUACUCCCACCUCAGUAACCCCUAUCCCAGCGAGGAGGCCAAAGAAGAGCUGGCUAAGAAAUGCAGCAUCACAGUGUCACAGGUAUCAAACUGGUUUGGAAACAAGAGAAUCCGGUACAAGAAAAACAUCGGCAAGUUCCAAGAAGAAGCCAACAUGUACGCGGCGAGGACCGCGGUCAGCGCGACCAGUGUGUCCGCUCACGGCAGCCAGGCCAACUCCCCGUCGACUCCCAAUUCAGCAGGUUCUGCCGGCUCUUUUAACAUGUCAAACUCCGGAGACUUGUUCAUGAGUGUGCAGUCCCUCAAUGGGGACUCGUACCAAGGGGGGCAGGUUGGGGCCAACAUACAAUCCCAGGUGGAUACCCUUCGCCAUGUUAUCAGCCAGACCGGAGGAUACAGUGACAGCCUCGCAGCCAGCCAGAUGUACAGUCCACAGGGCAUCAACACAAACGGCGGCUGGCAAGAUGCUCCGACUCCUUCGUCAGUGACAUCGCCCACAGAAGGACCGGGAAGCGUUCAUUCGGAUACUUCCAACUGAAUCUAUCCAUCUCUCCAAUCGCAUCUACAAACACCAUGGACUGACCUUGCUAUUUACAGUAUUAAACAAAGGGAUUCAAUGCCCCACAGUUUGAAGAGGUGCUGUGAAUCCCUAACCAGAAAAAAAAAAAGAAAAGUAAUAUUUCCUCUGCUUAUAACGUUGGACAUUUGCGAUACAAUUAAAAUCCAAACAAUAUCAAUGGAGACGUUUGUACAGAUUUCACAUUAUAUUCAGAGGGCUGGGGUUACUCAUUCACUCGUAAUGUUUUCACUCAUAAUGAUGAAAUGAUAUGAUAGAGUAAAUGAAUCGUAUCAUUGGUUUUAGGUGAAAAUAUGUCAUUCUACCUCUCAGCCACUAAAAAAAGUAGAAAAAUAUGUCAGUGACCAUUAUUUGUUUUGUAAAAAUGAAACUUUUGUCUUUGCAAGCAAGAGGCACAUCUUCUUACUUACAUUUUGUUGUCUCUCACUUGUUCUAUGGUACGCCAUUUAGACCUAAAUAUUGCUCAGUUGUUUACAAUGUGUGCUUGUCCAUCUUCCCCUCUUGUCUCCGACGAGUCAAAACUGAGUCCUGUCAGGAGAUUUUACCUCUAAGGUAACCCUGUGAAGUAUGUUAUCUGUAAAACAAUAAAUAAAUACUUGUCAUCACAUCGGACAAGCUGGACAUCAUUCAUUAAGAUGGAGGAUAUACAACUUAAAAGCAAACUAUAUUUUCUAACUCUGUUGGUUGUGGUUCUGCAGCAUAUUGGUAGAGUUACAGUGACAGAAUGGCAGGAUUCACUGAUGCAGUCAGAGAAGAAAACAGGAAUUUUUGCUCUAUGCUGGACAAUGAGAAAACUUUCUUUAAUUUACUUGAAUGCGUCAUGAUAUUUCUUAAUAUUUUCCACCUCCAUCACCACAGAAGAAAGGUUUGUGACGAUGCCAAAAUGCUGAUUUAACCAAAACAAACAAAAAAAGUCAUUAAGUGGUAGUCAGUUGUAAUGUAUCCCUUCAUCAUAAUUUGUUCUUCUCAUUUAAAUGCCCGUGUUCUGUCAUUCAGCUCUGGUGCUACAAUCAAAUGAAUGACACUGUUCCAUCAAAUGAAAUACGAGAAGAAAUAUCACGUUCUACGGAAGGGAAAGUUUGUCAAGAGCGUCUGUAACUGAGUUUGUUUUUCAGUACAUGAACCACAAUCCACUUAAACAGGGAAGUCAUUAUGUUAAUAGAGUUUUAUGGUGGAGGCUUUCUCCUGAACCUACAGCACAGAUCCAGAAAUGCUUCAGAAUGUAGCCACUGAUCAUCGCCAUGAAACACGCAUCUGGAUGUACCUGAACUGCUGCUCGGCUCCAACAAGCACACACGGGUGUAAAGAUAAUGACGCUUAUGUUCCUCAUUUUAAUGAAUGAUAUCCUCUUCUGGUCGUUUAAAUAAGUAUUACACAAUGGAGUCGAUAGUAUUCUGCUGGUACUGCUUUAGUAACUCUAGAAUUGACCACAAAAAAAUGUAAACAUUUGAUUUCCUGCUUGUCUCCGUACUUUGAUACAGAUUUUUCCUUUCAGUAUAAAACAUUUCUGAACAUUGUAAAUGUUACCCAUCAAGCACUAAAGAAGGGACAAGUCCGAUAAUGUGUUUUCUGAGCAGUCUAACAUUGUUUAUAGACACUUUUUAUGUUGUGUGGCUUCUUUGUAUUUGCUUUUGUUUUUUAUGGUAUGCUUAAUGUAGGGUACUAACUCUUUUUUUUUGCUUACCCACUCUGGUGGAUUGGCUCAUGAACUUUGCCAGAUGUGUUUAUGUGCACCAUUGUGCUUGACUUGCUUUGUUGGAAAGGGUUUUCAACACAUUAAAAAUGAUAUGUAA